AUGAAUACAUUUAAAAGGGAGACUGCGCCACGUAUGGCUUUUUCAAGGGCAGAGUUCCGCAAAGACACUCGAGGUCUUAUGAUGAGUUACCUGAUACAGUCUGACCCGUUCUCUGUCUGGGGAGCAAGGCCGCGAAUGGUGGCAUACAACCCGCUUUCUCUCCUCUCGACCGUUCUGGCUCGGGGUGAGGCUCCGCCAAGCUUUGUCUUGCCCGAUCUUGCUCUACCAGAGCUCUCUGAGAUAUCCGAAGGGAGUUGUGAAGGGGCCGCGACCUUUGCUCAAUAA